AUGGGUCGAGUUAGGACUAAGACUGUCAAGCGAGCUUCUCGAGUUCUCAUUGAGAAAUACUACCCUCGACUCACUCUCGAUUUCCACACCAACAAAAGACUCCUCGAUGAGGUAGCUUCCGUCCCUUCCAAGCGACUCCGAAACAAGGUUGCUGGAUUCACCACCCACUUGAUGAAGCGAAUCCAAAAGGGACCUGUCAGAGGUAUUUCUUUCAGAUUGCAAGAGGAAGAGCGAGAGCGAAAGGAUCAAUACGUUCCUGACGUUUCAGCCCUUGCUGCUAAUGCCGAUGCACCUCUUGAAGUUGACAACGAGACCAAAGAUCUUCUUAAAUCUUUAGGUUUCGAUGACCUCAACGUCAACGUCGUCACCGUCUCCGCCAAUGCUCCUAGAGAGAGAAAGACUCGAUUCGUACCUGGUUCCGGUCGAGCUUAG